AUGUCGGACGAGCUAGCUUCCACACUUGCUUCCAUCCAGGAGUUCAUGGCCGGAGUCAGUAGACGCUUGGAUCAGAUAGAGAGUUCUCGCCAGGAUCUUCACCCAGCUGGCAUGGUCAUUGAUGAGACGAUUCCUCAUGCAUCUCAGACAGCACAGACUCGUCCACCUGGGGUUUCACUCGGUACUCCAUUUCAUCUGGCAGAUCAUUAUGAGACCAUUCCACCACCUACUGUCACAGUGCCACCUCCCAUGGUUCCUACUAUUGAGGAUACUCGAUUAGCUGAGCAGGAGGCCAGGGUUGACAGGCUUGAGUCCAAGAUGAGACAGAUCAGACUGCAGGACGGAGGUUUGACUUGGGAUGAUAGAGAUGGCAUACCGGCGGCUAGCUUGCCCGCCAAGUUUCGUAUGCCAGACAUUGAGCGCUAUAGUGGGAUUGGUUGUCCCAAGAUCCACUUGAGACUAUACAGCACAGUCAUGAGAGCACAUGGGAUAGAUGAUGCACAGUUGGUGGCCCUCUUCCCCAUGUCACUUAGUGGAGCAGCUCAGAGGUGGUUUGCUUCAGUUGAGCCUUCGAGACUUCGCACUUGGGAGGACGUGGCUCAUGAGUUCCUGACUCAGUUCGCUUUCAGUGCCGAUAUUGAUGUGUCUAGACGAGAGUUGGAGGCCACCAGGCAGAGGCCAGAUGAGUCUAUUUCUUCAUUUGUCACUCGUUGGAGGGCAAAGGUGGCUGGUAUGGUAGAUCGGCCUAAGGAGCAGGAUCAGAUUGACAUGGUUCUUCGGAACCUACAGCCGAGAUUCGCGAGACGUCUUGUGGGCAUCCCGUUUCAGGAUCUCAGGAGUCUGGUUCAGGCAGCUUUCAGUGGGAAGAAGCUGAUUGGGCCGUUUGGUAGAUCUGGAGAGGUUGGCGCUAUUAGUUAUCAGCAUCGGAGGCCUACACAUCACUCACUUUAUAGGCCACCUACAGUCAGAGCUCCUUUCUCUCUUCCACAGUAUCAGUAUCAGCUGGAUUAUGCUCAGGAGCCUUACAUUGCUCAGACUAGCUUGCAGCAGCGACCACCACAUCCGAGAGCCGCUACUCACCCGCCACCUAGACCAUAUGCACAGAGGGCUGCGAGACAGUUCACUCAUUUGGGCAUGACAUUGACUAGAGCUUUUGAGAAGCUCAGAGACGCUGGGGUGAUUGUUCCUUUGGCGCCGAGGCCUCUGCCCCAUCCUAUUCCUCCUCAUUUCCGUUCACAUGAGCACUGCUUGUAUCAUCAGAUUCCGGGGCACGAUACUGAGCGUUGUUCAGCACUCCAUCAUGCGAUACAGGAUUUGAUCGAUUCAGGGGUGGUUGACUUGGCUAGGCCAAAGGACAUUGAUGGUUAUCAUAGAGCAUCAGUGGGAGCUUUUGCACGAUUUCAGAGGAGUCGCCAUGACUUUGUUGGAUGGACUCCAGUUUUCAGUAUUGACCAUGUGAGAUCUUGA